AUGAGCACCUUCCUCCGGUCCCACCCCAGCACCUUCCUCCGGUCUCCUCCCAGCACCUUCCUCCGGACUCACCCCAGCACCUUCCUCCGGUCCCUCCCCAGCACCUCCUUUCGGUCACUCCCCAGCACCUUCCUCCGGUCUCCCCCCAGCACCUUCUUCCGGUCUCCCCCCAGCCUCUCCUUCCGAUCUCCCCCCAGCACCUCCUUCCAGUCUCCCCCCAGAACCUUCCUCCGGUCUCUCCCCAGCACCUUCCUCCGACCUCGCCUCAGCACCUUCCUCCGACCUCGUCCCAGCACCUUCCUCCGACCUCACCCCAGCACCUUCCUCCGCACCUUCCUCCGGUCUCCCUCAGCAUCUUCCUCCGGUCUCCUCAGCACCUUCCUCCGGUCUCCCCCAGCACCUUCCCUCCGGUCUCCCCACAGCACCUUCCUCCAGUCUCACCCCAGCACCUCCUUUCGCACCUUCCUCCGGUCUCCCCCAGCACCUCCUUUCGGUCUCCCCAGCACCACCUUCCAGUCUCUCCCCAGCACCUUCCUCCGGUCUCCCCACAGCACCUCCUUCCGGUCUCCCCCAGCACCUUCCUCCGGUUUCCCCCAGCACCUUCCUCCGGUUUCCCCACAGCACCUUCCUCCGCACCUUCCUCCGGUCUCCCCAGCACCUUCUUCCGGUCUCCCCCAGCCUCUCCUUCCGGUCUCCCUCAGCACCACCUUCCAGUCUCUCCCCAGCACCUUCCUCCAGUCUCCCCUCAGCACUUUUCUCCAGUCUCUCCCCAGCAACUCCUUUCGGUCUCCCCCCAGCACCUCCUUCCGGUCUCACCCCAGCACCUUCUUCCGGUCUCCCCCCAGCACCACCUUCCGGUCUCUCCCCAGCACCUUCCUCCGGUCUCCCCUCAGCACUUUCCUCCAGUCUCUCCCCAGCAACUCCUUUCGGUCUCCCCCAGCACCUCCUUCCGGUCUCCCCAGCACCUUCCUCCGGUCUCCCCCAGCACCUCCUUUCGGUCUCCCCCAGCACCUUCCUCCGGUCUCCCCUCAGCACCUUCCUCUGACCUCACCCCAGCACCUUCCUCCGACCUCGCCCCAGCACCUUCCUCCGACCUCUCCCCAGCACCUUCCUCUGACCUCACCCCAGCACCUUCCUCCGACCUCGCCCCAGCACCUUCCUCUAGUCUCUUCCCAGCACCUUCCUCCAGUCUCCCCUAGCACCUCCUUUCGGUCUCCCCAGCACCUCCUUCCGGUCUCCCCACAGCACCUCCUUCCGGUCUCCCCCAGCACCUCCUUCCGGUCUCCCCCAGCACCUUCCUCUGGUCUCUCCCCAGCACCUUCCUCCGGUCUCCCCAGCACCUUCCUCCGGUCUCCCCUCAGCACCUUCCUCCGACCUCGUCCCAGCACUUUCCUCCGACCUCGUCCCAGCACAUUCCUCCGGUCUCCCCCAGCACCUUCCUCCGGUCUCCCCCAGCACCUUCAACUGGUCUCCCCCAGCACCUUCCUCCGGUCUCCCCCAGCACCUUCCUCUGACCUCACCCCAGCACCUUCCUCCGACUUCGCCCCAGCACAUUCCUCAGGUCUCCCUCAGCACCUUCCUCCGACCUCGUCCCAGCACCUUCCUCCGACCUCGUCCCAGCACAUUCCUCCGGUCUCCCCCAGCACAUUCCUCCGGUCUCUCCCCAGCACCUUCCUCCGGUCUCCCCCAGCACCUUCCUCCGGUCUCCCCCAGCACCUUCCUCUGACCUCACCCCAGUACCUUCCUCCGACCUCGCCCCAGCACAUUCCUCCGGUCUCCCUCAGCACCUUCCUCCGGUCUCCCUCAGCACCUUCCUCCGACCUCGCCUCAGCAUCUUCCUCCGACCUCGUCCCAGCACCUUCCUCCGGUCUCCCCAAGCAACUUCCUCCGAUCUCGCCUCAGCACCUUCCUCCGACCUCGUCCCAGCACCUUCCUCCAGUCUCCCCCCAGCACCUCCUUUCGGUCUCCCCCCAGCACCUCCUUCCGGUCUCCCCCCAGCACCUCCUUCCGGUCUCCCCCAGCACCUCCUUCCGGUCUCUCCCCAGCAGAUUCCUCCGGUCUCCCCAGCACCUCCUUUCGGUCUCCCCCAGCACCUCCUUCCGGUCUCCCCCAGCACCUCCUUCCAGUCAACCCCCAGCACCUUCCUCUGGUCUCUCCCCAGCACCUUCCUCCGACCUCGCCUCAGCAGCUUCCUCCGACCUUGUCCCAGCACCUUCCUCCGACCUCACCCCAGCACCUCCUUUAGGUCUCCCCCAGCACCUCCUUCCGGUCUCCCCCAGCACCUUCCUCCGGUCUCCCCUCAGCACUUUCCUCCGGUCUCUCCCCAGCACCUCCUUUCGGUCUCCCCCCAGCAUCUCCUUCCGGUCUCCUCCCAGCACCUUCCUCCGGUCUCUCCCUAGCACCUUCCUCCGACCUCGUCCCAGCACCUUCCUCCGACCUCGUCCCAGCACCUUCCUCCGGUCUCCCCAAGCAACUUCCUCCGACCUCACCUUAGCACCUUCCUCCGGUCUCCCCCAGCACCUCCUUCCGGUCUCUCCUCAGCACCUUCCUCAGACCUCGCCUCAGCACCUUCCUCCGACCUCGUCUCAGCACCUUCCUCCGGUCUCCCCAAGCAACUUCCUCCGACCUCACCUCAGCACCUUCCUCCGGUCUCCCCCAGCACCUCCUUCCGGUCUCUCCUCAGCACCUUCCUCAGACCUCGCCUCAGCACCUUCCUCCGGUCUCCCCCAGCACCUACCUCCUACCGAAACACAUCAUCAUCAACAUUACAUCAGCCUCCUCUGA